AUGGAUCCGCAAGUCAAAUACCUCCUCUCCCUCGAGGCAGUUCGGGACCGCGCCAAAAUCGUAGGCGAAGCCGCGAAAUUGGGGAAGCUGAGCCAUUUCGAUGUGCACGAGGACAGGCUGCCCGCUGUUGCUGACUACGUGACGGGUGUGAUAAAACGUGACUACGGACCUGACCGGUUCUCCGAGAUCCCGCCCCACGGCCGAUGGCAGCAUUUCGAAGUCGGCAAUCGGCCGCGCAUUGACGACCUCCUUUCACAAUGGAAGGCUGAAGGCCAUGAUGACAAAGAGCUUACUCGCAGGCUAAUCGAUUUGUUCUUCGUUUCCGUAUUGUUGGAUGCAGGUGCGGGAGACCAUUGGCGUUACGUAGAGCCAGGCACGGAGCAAACGUAUGAGCGGAGUGAAGGCAUUGCAGUGGCGAGUCUGUACAUGUUCAAGGAAGGUGCAUUUGCUUCUUCGCAAAGCAACAAGAUGAUAGUGGAUGGGAAGGGCCUCGAACGACUCACCCCCUCAACUCUAGCAUCCGGCUUCCAAAUCACAGCCCACAACCCCAUGCUCGGCGUAGAUUCCCGCGCCUCCCUCCUCAAAAGCCUAGGCUCCUCACUCCUCGCCCACGCCGACGUCUUCGGCGCCUCAGGCCGCCCCGGAAACAUCGUAGAUCACAUGCUGGAAACCGCCACCGACGCCUCCGCCCUCUCCAUCCUCGACUUCUGGGACGUCCUCCAAGACCUGCUCAUCCCCAUCUGGCCCCGCGACCGCACAGUAGUAAACGGGUAUCCCAUCGGCGACGCCUGGCCUCUGAGCACCCUCCGGAGCGCCUCUUCAUCGGCCUCACUACCAAAUACCUCGGACGCAGAUUUUAUCCAGCCGUUCCAUAAAUUGACGCAGUGGCUUACGUACUCCCUGACCGUCCCGUUCACACGCCUUUUGAACGUCACCUGGAAACAUAUGGAGUCUAUGACCGCUCUACCUGAGUACCGUAACGGCGGGCUGUUCGUCGACCUCGGCGUGCUCAGCGUGAAGCCUGCGUCUUUGGAACGCGGGUUAGCUGCGUCUGGAAGCGCGCUGCCACAGUUCGGCGCCGGAGACGACGCGGUUGUUGAAUGGCGGGCCAUGACGUUAGUGCUGAUCGACAAGCUGUAUGAGAUGGUGAAGGGACGGAUGGAAGGCGUGGACUUGAGUAUGGCGCAGUUGUUGGAGGCGGGGACGUGGAAGAGUGGGAGGGAGGUGGCGAAGGAGAAGAGGCCUGAUACGAAGAGUAGUCCGAUUCUGAUUGAGAGUGAUGGGACUGUGUUCUGA